UCCGUCUGUCGUGAAAACGAAGUGCCGUAAAACGGACUUGUACAGAGAACCCUUGUGAUUGAUUUUGUCGGCCGUCGUUUGUCUAAAUUUUCUGCAAUAAUUCCACAGUAUCUGAUCAGGAAAUAUGACGUUAUUUCACUUUGGGAACUGUGUAGCCCUUGCCUAUGUUCCAUACUUUCUCACGUACAAGUUUUCAGGAUUGUCAGAAUACAGUGCCUUUUGGAAAUGUGUGCAGGCAGGAGGAGCUUAUCUGGCCACUCAGCUGUGCAAGAUGCUGAUCCUUGCCACAUUCUUCCCAGCAUCAGAAACAGGAGGAGGUAAUCUGGAUGUGAUUGGGGAAUUUCUAAAGACAUCAGUAGAUUUUGGUGAUCUGAUCGGGAUCCAGCUGAUCAUGAGCAGCAUUCCGGGAAAGGGAGAGAUCAAGAUCAUGACAGCAGCCAUGGGCUGGGCCACGGCGGAACUGGUCAUGACCCGCUUCAUCCCCAUGUGGGUGGGGGCUCGUGGAGUGGAGUUUGACUGGAAGUACAUCCAGAUGAGCUUAGAAUCCAACAUCAACCUGGUCCAGCACAUAGCAGCAGCAGUCCUAGUGUGGCUGUGGAGCAGACAUGACUUUAACCGUAGUCUGUUACCUGUUGUUGGCACCCUCCUGGGGCUAAGUGUGUACAGACCUCUCAUUGUAGAAAUCUUGAUCCAUGCUGUUGGCCUUGGUUCCUGGACCCUCCUUCUGGCCAAAGCCUUGUUCACUGGAGCUGUUGGCUUAGUAACUCUUCAGCUGUAUGUUGGACUGGUUCACAGUAACCCUAGCAACCACUACGACUGAUAUAGUGAUGGCAGGGGUAGAUUGUAUUGUGUAAUCUGCACUGGAGCUAUUAUAUACACCAUAAGAUUACAUAAUCAGUUUGCAUUGACCAAACUUAAUUGUUAUUCUUUAUCUGUAGUUUUAUCCAAUAUCUAAAAAAAACUUGAAUGAAAGUACUAGUACAAAUGUAGUAUGUCCUGUCUAGCCAUAAUUUGAGAUUAAAGUAACUGUUGUCAAAUAGGGCUGUAGAAUGGAAUUUUAUUUCAUUGAUGAUAAUGUUUGUGUGGCCAACAUGAAAAAGUGUCAUGUAUUAUGUACAUGUAGUACAAUGUACCAUCUUAUGCAAUGUACCGGGCGUAAAGCAGUUUACUAUGAAGUUGAGCAUAUGUUUGUUUUUUAUUGCUGUAAAUUGUAUGAAUGAUUAACACCAACAUUAUGUGCCAGAUAUGUGAAAUUUAUUUCAAGUCUACCACUCAACUGUCAUACUCUUUCUGGUCUGUUUAUUGUUUCUAAAUGCACAAAGUAUUAUAAUUCUUGGCAAUGUGACAUAGGGAGCUUUGUACUGGUGAUAAUACUUCAAAGGCAUAAUUCAUGGUGUCAAAUAAAGUUCAGAAGUAGGUCUGAAUUGAAAA